AUGUCCACCCCGACGCAGGUGUACGACUCGCUCCUCGCGCUCUUGACGCCCACGGCAUCAUGGGGCAGGCAUCGCAGCCACUCGGAGGUCUCUGAUGGUCUGAAACGGAUCAGGCGGAUAGUCCUGACCGAAGGUAUCCCUGAGCCUGGUAGACCACCCCUUCGACCCCGUAUAUGGAAGCUCAUGCUAAAAAUCGAUUCUCUCAAUGCAGACGAAUACCUUAGAUGGGUAACGAUGGGUCCUUCGGCCGUCAGUACAAAGAUCAAGAACGAUACAUUCCGAACUUUGGCGACGGAUACGCAAUUCAAGGGGAAGGUCAAGGAGGAUAUGCUCAUCAGGCUUCUUGAGGCGUUUGUCUGGAAGAAUCACGUAGGCUCCGAGAGGGAUGGACUGCCUUUCACUUACGUCCAGGGCAUGAACGUCCUCUCGGCUCCCUUCCUGUUCACUCUCCCCUCCCAGCUCGAAGCAUUUGCUUGCUUCUCCACCUUCAUCGAGCAGAGCUGUCCUCUGUAUGUCCAACCGACGCUCGUAGGGGUACACAAAGGGUUGAAGCUCUUGGAUCAAUGCCUAAAGAUAGUCGACCCAGAACUCUUCGAUCAUUUGAGGAGCAAGAACCUUUCUGCUGAGCUAUAUGCCUUCCCCUCGGUUCUGACCCUUUGCGCCUGUACACCGCCAUUAGAGGAAGUCUUGCAGCUAUGGGACUUCCUACUGGCUUUCGGGGUCCACCUCAACAUUCUCUGCGUCAUCGCUCAGCUCCUCCUUCUUCGACAGGAUAUUAUGGACUCGCCAUCGCCCAUGAAGCUCCUUCGUACCUUCCCUCCCCUCAACGCUCGGCCAAUCAUCGGCGUCACGGUCGCGCUCGUCAAGGAUAUCCCGGAGGACCUGUACCGCGAGCUCGUCGCCCACCCUUUCUCGUCCUGA